AUGUCAGGUCCUAGAGUGCAACCAGUCGUGAAGCAGUCUGAGUCGCUCGAGGCCGCUUGGAAGCGCACGGUUGCGCGUCUGGCAAACAUUCAGGCGCAUCUUGACGUCGCGCCGCGCAGUGGGAAGCUCAAGGGAAAGGUGUGCAUUGUCACAGGUGUAGGCUCCCUGAAGGGCAUUGGAAGAGCGACUUCGCUACUUUUUGCGCAUGAGGGCGCUACGCAUCUAUACUUGCUCGACUUCGUCAAGGACAACCUUCCGGAGCUCAAAUCUACGAUAGAGCAGAAGUACCCUGACGUCAAGGCCACCGUUAUCCAAGCGGAUGCGGCGGACGAGGCAGCCAUCAAAGCCGUCUGUCAGCAGGCUAUCGAUGAGGAAGGGCGCCUAGAUGUAUUCUAUGCAAAUGCCGGCGUCGCCACAGGCAACACGCUUGCCGAAACUUCGGCAGCCCAGUUCACCGAGAUCAUGCGCAUCAACGCACUAUCGUGCUUCCUCGCCUUGAAAUACGCAUCGGCCCAAAUGCAAAAGCCGAAUUCCUCGAGGGGGAAGGAAUAUGGAGGAGGCAGCAUUAUCAUGACAGCCUCGGUCGCUGGCGUACGCUCUGGAGCUGGUGGCCCGGAUUACAGUGCAAGCAAGGCAGCAGUGAACAAUCUCGCUCAAACUGGCGCAUGGCAACUACAGCGUAGCGACGUCCGAGUCAAUACUGUCUGCCCGGGACUCAUCGAAACAGGCAUGACGGUGGGCACCUUUGACUAUGCACGCUCCCGUGGAAGCGGCGCCAAGAUUGGGCAGUUGAAUCCCAUGGGUCGUUACGCUGUGGCGGAAGAAAUCGCCCAGGUAGUGCUCUUCUUAGCUUCCGAUCAAUCGAGUUAUGUCAAUGGUCAAAACUGGGCUGUUGACGGCGGGCUAUCGGCCAGCGUCCCAGUCGUACCUGGCAAGUUUGCCUAA